AUGGGCGGCGGCGACAUGCUGCCGGACGCAGGGCUUGCCGACGCCUGCUCCCGCCAUGUCACGGCCAUCUUCCCAAGCAUCUGCCCUCAGUUUCUCGACAGGCUGGCAAGCAAUCUCGGCUUUGACGCAAACGCCGUCAUCAACCACAUCGUCGAUCAACAAGACGAGGACAAGCCGUAUCCGAGAAAGCAGGCCCCAAAUGCACUCAAGCGCAAACGUGAGAGCCUUGAUGACGAGGCCCAAGAGGUCGCCCGCGUGAAGCGCAUCUACGACGUUGCGGGCCGUCAACCCCGCGUUCUGACGCACCGUCUCGCCCAUCAGAUUCGAGACUUGAUUUACAUGGACUUCCCCCAAAUCCCCCUCCACUCCAUCCAGGCAGCACUGGACGCUGCUCGCAACUUUCUUCUGCCAGCCUAUGUUGCCCUCUUUGAAUCGACCUUCGAUCGUGGGGCGCAUGGUCCGUGGGACCCAUCAGCUGAAGCGCCCUACGCUCGAGGGCCCUAUGCUCCGGAAAACCUGAACAAAACCAUCCAGGAUUGUCUCGAUCCGGAUGAGCGGGACACGCUUCUGGAACUGCAAGCCGCCAGGCGCACCGUUGCGUCGCGUGAGCGCGAGCGUCGGGCCGAACUGGAAAAGCACCAGGCAGAGAAGGCAAACUUUGACGAGGCACUGGCCGACGGCUUCAUCAAGGAGUGCGAGUGCUGCUUUGUCGACUUUGCCCUCAAUCGCCUCACGCAGUGCAGUGCAGACACCGCCCAUUGGUUCUGUUUUCAAUGCUGCCGCCGCCAGGCCGAGACACUGGUCGGGCUCUCCAAAUACGAGCUGACAUGCAUGUCCAUGGAUGGCUGCCAGGCUUCAUUUUCCCAUGUCGAACGCCAGCGCUUUCUCGAUGAGAAGCUUGCCUCGGCGCUCGACAGGGCUGAGCAGGACGCCGUGUUGCGUCUUGCCAACCUAGAGAACCUGGUGUCCUGCCCCUUUUGCCCCUUUGCUGCAGAGUGCAGCCCGACAGAGGUGGACAAGGAAUUUCGCUGCCAGAACCCCGAGUGUCAAGUCGUCAGCUGCCGACUAUGCAACAAGGAGACGCACGUGCCCAAGACUUGCGAAGAAGCGGCCAAGGAGCACGGCUAUUCGGCGAGACGAACCAUUGAGGAGGCCAUGUCGGCCGCCUUGAUCCGACGAUGCAACAAGUGCAACACCCCGUUUAUCAAGGAAGAUGGCUGCAAUAAAAUGAUGUGCACCCGUCCGGCCUGCAGAAACGUUCAAUGUUACGUCUGCUCCAAAUCUUGUGACUACUCCCACUUCAACGACCCCAACAGAGGCGGCAAGGAUGGCAACUGCCCUUUGUUUGACAGCGUCGAGACUCGCCAUGCCAAAGAGAUCAAAAAGGCCGAGGAGGAGACGCGCAAAAUGGUCGUGGAUGCCAACCCCGAUGUGGACCCGGAGCAUCUCAAGUUCCACAUGUCGGAUCACGUAUCACAGGACGAAAAGCGACGAGAGCGGGCUCACAGGCGUGCACCCGAGGCCAUACACAAUCUACGACAGCAGCAUGCCCAAGUGCCCGAGCCCGGAGCGCACGACGCGGCCGCUGCGGCCAGAGCGGCCCAUGCGGCCAGAGCGGCCCAUGCGGCCAGAGCGGCCCAGAUGUACGCCAUGGCCAGAGCGCCUCGUGUGCCGCGCAUGGCAAACAAUGCACCGGACAACGCUGGUCAAGGCCAGGUGCCAGUCCAGGGACAGGUUCGGGACAUGAUAGCGGGGCUGAUCCAUGGUGCUCAUCAACCGCAGCGGCGGCGGCCCCGACCCAUGCCUCGAGACAACCGACAUCGCAUUGCUGCCCAGCAGGCAAUGCAGGCGCAUCAAGCGGCCAUGGCCGCCGGCAGGAUAGAAGGGCAACUCCAGAGCGUCGACGUGUCCCCCGCGCCUCCCUUUGGCCUUGGAUUCAUGGGCGCGAACUCGCCCGCCCUGCGCACGGCGUUUAUCCCCGACCACGAGAGUGGCAAGGAGUAG